AUGUUGAGAUCCAGGAUUGUUUUUCAAUACGAAGCUGAGCUUGAUGCUUUCCUUGAGUUUCUCUUCUGGAGGUUCUCCAUUUGGGUUGAUAAACCUACUCCAGGAAAUGCUCUCAUGAAUCUAAAAAAUAGAGAUGAGCAUGUCAUGACUACAAGAGGAAAAAGUACAAGAAUCUUAGUGAGAGAGCCCUGGACAUAUUCGCCCCUACACAGUCAAAUUGACGUAUUUGCCCUUCUGGUUUGCUACUAGUACCAAGAUAAACUCCAAAUGAUUCACCCGAGAUGGAAAACUAGUGCAAAGUCUCUUAUAAGGCUAUUCUUGAUCGUAUACGUGAGGAGAUAAAGGAUGUGCUUAGGGUGGAACGUGAAGAAAUUAAGCCAUAAAAACAAGAAAUUUUCAAGAUUUAUAACGACAUUCACACUUAAUUCACUAGAGGAAGUAACCUACCCAACUAAUUAAACUUUCACAUUUGAUUUUCUAAUUUGGUUUCGAUACUUUGAAAUCGAUUUACACUUUGACUCUCGA